GUACUCAUUGAAUAUGUUAGAAUACGCCAUCUAUUUGAGACUUUUAAAGUGAUUGAAAGAAGCUUGUGUUGCAAGUAAAACUUGGUCUUCGCAUAAAAUACAUUAAAAAAACAAUUAUGAUGGCAAGCAAAGGUUGGAAGGUAGUAAAACCACACGUGCCUUUGAUUAAAUUUCGUAAAGGUGGGAUUCAGAAAGAUACAACUUCAAAUCCACCAUCUAAGCACUUAGACUCGGCUAUGUUAGAACAAAAUAAUCCUAGUGCAACGGGACCUAAUGUAGUUGUUUUACCAACAAUAGAAGAUCUUUAUCUUCCUGCGCGAUUUCAAAGACGACCCAUUGAUGAGAAAGAAAUUGCAUAUAUUAAUGUAAGUACAUUAUUUAUUUUAUUAUUUAUAAUAUAAUUAAAUUUUUCGUUCAUAUUUAUAUUAUAAAAUUCAUUAAUAAAAGUCAUUCAAAUAGAAAUAAGUUUAUAAUUAUAAUGAUAAUUAUUAUUAUUCUAAAUAAUAAUUUGCAUAUUUUUUUAUCUUUAUGAAUAAUGAGAAAAAAAAUCAUAUUAAAUGAAUCUUUUUUUAUUACAGAGAGGUGGGCCAGAAUAAACUUGAAUAAUUUAGAACAUUAUAAACUUUAGAAAUCAUUAACAAAUUAUUUACUAUUAAAUUUUUAUGUAUAAUUUAUUCUGUAAAUAAAUGCAAGUGAAAGAAGUA